AUGGAUUUAAAGGAAUAUAAAAAUUCCCCAUUUAUACUUAAAUUUAAAGAGUUGAAUGAAAAUAUUAGUAAUAUUGAAGAAGUUAAAAAGCUAGAAAUUGAGAUGAUGAAACUUUAUGACACAAAAAUACAAGAUAUUCAAAAUCAAUGCAGAGGAUUACUUGACAAAACAAUACAAACUAGAGAUGAGAUUAAAAAAGAAAAUAACAACUUAAAAAGUGCAAUUUCUGUUAUGAGAGAAAGUGUUGAUAGGGAGAAGAAGUAUUAUCAAGAACAAUAUCUGAAAAAAGAAAGUGAAGCCAACAUCCAUAAAAGACAAGUUGAAGAAAUUGAAAUUGAAAAGAAGUCACUUGAAGACAAAAUGAAUAAACUAAAAGAAGAGAAACAACAAGCUGAUGAUGAAAGAAAUUUAGCAAUUGAUGAAAUGAUGAAAUUAAAAGAAGAGCUAGAAAAUGAAAAGUUGAAUCUUCUUAAAUUGAAAGACAUGAAUGAAACAUUAGAAGCACAAUUAAAAGUUGAAAAGAAAAAGAAAAUAGAAGGAGUUGAUGAGUUAAAAUGUCAAGUUGUUAAAAUUCAAAAGACUAAAGAAGAAACAGAAAAAAAGUUCAAUAAAGAAAUAGAAGAGUUAAAACAGACAAAUAGAGAAAUAAGUAAGAAGUUAGAAGCAGAAAUUAAGAAAAAAGAGGAUGCCAAAGAAAUGGCAAAAGCAGAAUUAACUCGAUCAUUUAAAAAAUUACUAAAUGCAGUUAAAGAAGAAACAGAAAAAAAUUCACAGACUGAAAUUAAACAACUAAAAAGAGAAAAUGAAGAGUUACAAAAGAGAAAAGGAAAUGAGAUGAGAAAUGAGAUUCAACCAUUGAAAAGAAAAAUUGAAGAAAUGGAAUUGAAAAGAAAGGAAGAGGAAGAAGUUCAUAAAAAAGAAAUAAAAGCUAUUGAAUUACAAAAAGAAAAAGAAAUAAAAGAAGUAAAAGAAGUAUUAACACAAAAGAUUAAUCAAUUAAAACAAGAAAAGGAAAAUAUUGACUAUAAACUUAGUAUUGAAUUAAAGGAUGAGAAAAGUGAAAUAAAUAAAUUAAAACAAAAAAUUACAAACAAUGAAACAAAAGAAAAGAAAUUAUUAAGUCAAAUCGAAACUCUUCAAACACAUUUAUCCAAAAAAGAACAGGAGUUUGUUGUGAUGAAAGAAGCAGGAGAAAAACUUAAAAAAGAAAAUGAAGAUAUUAAAGAAAAAAAUAAACAAUUAAUUGAAGUGUCAAAAACUAAUGAAAAAGCACAACAAGAAAUUAUUAAUCAAAAAGAUAAAGAAAUUCAAAAUGUUAAUGCUGAAUUAAAUCAAAUGAAAACAGUCAAUACAACAAUUACAUCUGAACUUGCUAAAGAACAAACUACCACAAAGACACUUCAGAAUGAAAUAAACACUGCCUUAAAGAUUAUUGAUGAAAUGGAAAAAGAAAUAAACACAUUUACUAUUUGGAUUCCUUUAGAAGAAAGUUUUUUAGGUACGAAAAAACGUAUUCAAUUAAAUCAUGGAUUGGUAACGGAAGAGUUACAUGUUCCUAUUCACACAGGAGUCAAAGACAAUGAACAAGUGAAGGUUGGAGACUAUACAUUUACUAUUCGAAUCUUCCCACACAAAUACUGUUGGAGAGAAGGUGAUGACUUAUAUAUCAACAUCAAAGGUUGUGAAUUUUUCACUCAUCCAAGUGGAAGAAAGUUUUCUGUUCUUAUGGAAAUGCUUAAUACAGACAAAUAUCUUUUAAAAACAAAGGAAAAGGAACAUUGGGGGUAUAACGAAAUCGGUGACUGUUAUUUAGUCAAAGAAAGACCAGACAAAACAGUGCCUCUUAGCAACAAAGUUGAUGAACUGAAGAAACAUUAUCUUGAAGACAAAAACAUGUUAAUGCAAACUAUCAAAAAAACUCAAAAAAUACUUAUCGAUAAUUCCAUCAUAAAUGAUAGUAUCCGUGAAACUACGCAUAAAACUAAAUUACAAAAAGUCAAUGAUAAAGAAAAACAAGUCAAAGAGAAGGAGGUACAAGUCAAUGAUAAAGAAAAACAAGUUAAUGAGAAGGAGGUACAAGUUAAUGAUAAAGAAAAACAAGUUAAUGACAAAGAGAAACAAAUAAACCAAACAAAAGAAGAAUUAGAAAAAAAAGAAAGUCAAAUUAAACAAAAUCAAAAUAGUCUUGAGAAAGAGAAAGAGGCAAUUGAAAAAAAAAAGAAGGGUUUAAUCAAGAAAUUAGAAACAAGUGUUGAAAUUAUUAAUGAAGAACAAAAAUCAACAUGGGUUAAUCAAUUAGUUAUUUUUGAGAAAAACAAAAACACAUUCAAAGAUAUUAUUACGCGUGCAUUAAAUGAAAGACUUAAUGGAAAAGGAAGUGUUGAAGAUAAAAUAAACAAGCUAUUUGCUGAGUUAUCUGAAAAAAUACAAAUUCUCGAGGAUGUUCAACUCAUUUUGAAACAGAAUGAUAGUAAAUCAUUUGUUAAUCCUUUAAUUGUUGUGACAGGUAUUGUUGUUGUGGUGGUAAGUAUUUGCAUUGGUUAUAAAUGUAUUUAUAAAAAUCCAAACUAG